GCUAUACCUGCAAAGGGCUUAGCGCAAUUCAUCACUUGUUGCGCGCGCAAACAUCAACGCAAGGGAACGUUUGUGCUCGAACUCGACAAGCACGUUCACCCCCGUUUGUUCGCCUUCUCCAUCGUCGAACAGCGGUGUUCGUUCUGUCAAUGAAUGCCCUGCAUUCAGUUCCUGGCCGCUUCAGGUAGACCAUGCCGCUCACUUGUCCUUCUUCAUCUGCGAUAUCCGCGACUACCCAUCUGGAAUUCAACUACUUUGCAGUCUGCAUGGCUUGCCCCGACCAAUUGCCGGCCAUUUACCGCCGCGAGCGCGUUGAGAUCUAAAUCAGAGGCCGUACUGCGCGCCCUAGACGGAUCUGCCCAGAAACUCUACGCGAUAGAGGUCUGGAGGCCUGCCUUCGAUGCACGAACAAAACCUGGCUCGGCCUCAACAGAGGCUACCCUGUCACUCCGACGCAUUUUGACAGGCUAUCUCCACAGCGCGACUGGCUCCGCCCGAGGAACACCGCAGGAAGCUUUCAAGUUAUCGACAUUGGAGACAGAGUUCCUGGAGGGUCAAGGCUUCUCCCAGGACAAUAUUUUGCAAUGGGCUGCGAGCUUGACUGACAGUGACUCCCUUUCGGCCGCCAAUAUCUUUAGACCAGGACAGCCCAGAGCCCCGCUCUUCCUUGUGCUGCUCUACCUCCGUCGCAGGCGUAUCAGGCGAGCAGCUUUAGGGUUACUGAUCCAGCACAUCGACGCCAGGUUGCGAGACGAGCAUAUAAGUUGGCAGUCCCUCAAAAGCCUUGUGACACGGCUCGUCCGACAUGCACGCCUGAUAUGGCCUGAAUCCAUACCUUGGAUUGCCCAUCUUUUCACCGCUCAAGCCAAGGGCAUGCUUGACGGGAGCACAAAUCACGGACAUAGUGCCAUGCCGGUCUCCGAUUUGACGCUCUUUUGCAAUCGGCUACUCUCGCUUCUUUCGGCGCCUGCGAGUUUGAACCCAAUAAAAUCUGCUGCCCACCAACAAAAGGCUCAGUCCCACGUGCUUAGCUUCAUGGCUACCCACGACCCACCAAUUCCUGUAACAAAAACCGGCUUCUACGCAACCAUACGAACGCAGCUGGCGCAUCCGAAGACAGCGCAGGAACGCGACUGGGCCCAGCUCAAAAGUGCAAGUUGGCCGCCGUGGAUCCGAGAACGAACGGCCAUGGACGAGGACAAGGAUUACCUCUACGGUGUUUCUAGGGCGGCUCGUAUCAUACAUCGUAUGCGUGAGGCAGGUUAUGGAAACGAUAUGUGGCUCCAGCUUGCACAAGUGUAUGCCGGAUGGGACACCGACCUCAGUCCGACAAUCCAAACGAGGACGUUGUUAUGCGGUAUUCCCACGUCCCUCAAGAGCCGCGAACGUUUCGAAAGGCUUCUUUGGGCAGCCCGCGUGCGAACCACCCGGACCAAAAGAGAGGCAUGGGCAUGCUUUCUGGAGAGUGAGACUUCGGGCGUUGGACCCUGCCAGGAAGUCUAUCUGGCCAUGUUCGAGAAGUUGGUGUAUCCGGAAAUAGUCCGACGGGGACCAGAUGAAGGUGGGCAUGGCCAGCCUGCGGAAUCUGAUAUGCCUCUACCAGGAGACGCCUUGGAGGUCUCACCUGAACCACCGUCAGCCACCGACUUGGUCCAUAUUGCCGAGCCGAUACCAUCAUAUGAGCGACUCUAUCACCGAAUGAGGAAGCAAGGAGUCCGCCUUAAGCCAAGGGCUGUAGCCUUUCUCGUGGAGAACGCACCCGACAUCCACCUCGUGUUGGAUGUAUUGCGACUUAGCCAAGAUGAAUUCCAGGGAAAUGUGCGGCGGCUAUUGGAUGGCUCUAUAUUUCGUCGGGAAAGCCUAGUACUCCCAGAGUACUUUGUGGCCGCUGUGACCCGGGCACUUUGCCGAUUUGGUCGUUUCACGCAUCAUCCCUCUGCCUUCCCGGUUUUGUCUUCUGAGACGGAAAAUGAAGGUCGAUUACAGGAAGACCCACUGUACCGUCUGGAGUAUACAUAUAAACUUCUUGUCCAUUUUCGACCCCGGCAUGAACCGACUUGGCGAGCUUACAUACACACACUGCUCUUUAGCCCAUGGGAUGCCACCGAGUAUAAGACUUUGGUUCAGUACUCGAUUCUACGCGAAAUUCUGAGGCACAUGCUUGAGGGUGGGAUCGAUGUGGAGGAGGAGGUGUUUAAAGCGGUUUGCAGGGCGCUUGGCAAGGUUGCAAUGUUGGAUCUGGACCAGUCCGCCCUACACGACAUUGCCAACGGAGACUUCGUCGCUUCUGAAUCCCGCCGCAUUCGCACAUUGUUUCGUGAUCUGGUCGGUGGUACUGUGGACCCCCUUACUCACCGGCCUCUCGAAUUGAUGAGCCCGCUGACGCCACACGUGCCCGGCCCGGCAACGCUUCAUGUAUAUGUUCGUGCGCUCGGCGCGUUCCAUGACUAUGAAGGAUUGUAUUCCUUCAUCACCUGGGUUGCCGACAACGGCCCUGCCCUCUCGGCCCGCGUGAAUGCGCAUCGCACUGGAAGGAAGGAUAUGGGGCGGGUACUGAUUGCCAUCCGAGCUGGGCUGGAGGGAAAGUUGGGUAAGGGGCGGGGAAAAGCGCCUGCAGAGCUCUUGCAGCUUGCCAAAACCCAAAUUGAGAGCGUGAAGGUGGAAGGUUGGGUCGGAUGGCCAUCUGAUGAACAGCUGGAGUCUUAUCUGCAUGGGCGAACGGGAGGUGGAUUGAAAGCCUACAGUCCUGCACCCCUUCUCUACCAGCCUACUCCCGUUCAUUAACCGCUACCUGUACGUUGACUGCAGGUGUACUGCUUCCUUUCACGUCUGACUGGUCAUCAUCUCCUUACACGUACCGUGUGGGUUAGAUCACCUAUGUCAGCGCAGUCCAUUGGCUACAAUCCAAUCAAAGCCAUCGAAACAUGGGAUUGAGGCUUAUUAUACCUGGACAGAGGUGCUGUUAAUCCAAUAAUGACGGUUGCUAUACCCGUGCGAUCUCCAGCCGGUCAGUUAGACGGUGGACUUCUGCAGGAUAUAGUCGUAGAUAGAGGUGUGUAUAUACUUUAGAUGGACAA